GAUUAUUCGGGGUGUCUCUGCCUUUUUCACAGAUGUUGACGAAUAUACUAAAGUGAAAGUAGAAUCUCGUGACAAAUACAUUUCGGAAAUGAUUUCUAUCUCUCUUUACAUUUGUUAAUCGACAGUUCUUAUCUCGUGUCGGGUUGACACCAAAUAUUGAGAUAAGAUUGUAUAUUAAGUUGUAGAACCUCUGCCUGUUGUCCUAGUUGGACACCGUAGUCUUGUACAAUGGGACUGUGUAGUAUUGUAGUAUUGGUAGUACUUGGACAACUGCUGGGACUGGCCUUGUCGGGCCCUAUCCACGCCUCUUGUAAAAUAGACUGGAGUUUUAGUGUUUCCUGCGACACAGUGAGCUCCAAAAUUAAGGGACAGAUCAACACAUGGGCAACCGCAGAUAACUGUGCCAAGGGAGGCGAGAAAUGUCUCUACAAGUUUGUGAGCGAAGCCAGCAAUCAGUUGAAGGCAAAACACGAGACUCCUGUCAAACACUAUGUUGAUGAUCUGACCUUCACCUUUACCCCUGUUAGCUCAAGUGCAGGGUGCAAUGUUCAGGGAUUUUCUACUUCUGAGACGUGGUAUGCUGUGCUGGACUAUGGCACAAACUACUGCAAUCUUCACAACUUAAUCACAGGGUCAGGGUUGGACAAAGCCAGUGGUUACGUGGAGAAAACCAGCGACAGUGUCUGUACACAGUAUUCCUCAGCCAACUGUACUGUCUACUAACUGUCCAAACAAUUACUCCAACAUUUCCUGUCAAUGGUGCAUCAAGAUCUUUCCAUCAUAUUCAUAUUUAUUUUGUGAGGAUCAGAGAAAAGCAAAGCUAUUAUGUACUAACCAACCAGAUUGCAUUUUUAAAAUUAACUCACACUGAAACGUGUUUCCUUUGUUAUUUUAUUAAUACAGACUAAUACAUAUAUAUUUUUGUAAGCCUUUUUUCCCCAUAUGCAAUAUAUGAUCGUGUGUUAUUCUUCAAAUGUCAAUCAUGUACACGAAUUUCUACUCAGGAAUUCAUCUAUUUUGUUUGUUGUUGAAAUAUUAAACGUAUUACAACAUU